GAGAAGGGCUUAUUACAAAAAUAAAACUAAUGACUUUUAACUUGAAAAACGUUAGGGUGUUGCCAGCUUUUAUGUCGUCGCAGAUUGACUAUUUGUACUACUUUGGAUGCAGUGUAAGAAUAUUGAUGCUUCCCAAACAACGCAUUUUAAACAAUUGUCAAUUUGCACAACUGCACGUUACCACUGUGGGAGGCUGUUAGAGGUGCUGCUCACUGGUUGAGUGCUGGUAUUGUCGUUUUGGCUGAGAACAAUCUACACUUCGCCCUCACAUUGACAAACAGACACCUGCCCUGUACAGACACCAUGGAUCGUCCUCCCAGCACUAGUCAGCUGAUGGCCAGCAAUGUCACAAAUAAGACAGACCCACGGUCCCUGAAUUCAAGAGUCUUCAUUGGGAACUUGAACACUAUGCUGGUUACCAAGGAAGAUGUUGAAGCCGUUUUUAGCAAAUACGGCAAGGUUGUUGGCUGCUCUGUGCACAAGGGCUACGCCUUCGUCCAGUACGUCAACGAGAGGAACGCACGAGCGGCUGUAGCAGGAGAGGACGGCCGGAUGUUUGUUGGACAAGUGCUUGAUAUUAAUUUGGCAGGAGAGCCCAAGCCUCACAGGUCAAAUACAACAAAGCGAUCAGCCGGAGAUAUGUACAGCAGUAGUUCUUCUUUCGAGCUUGAUUAUGAUUUCCAGAGAGAUUACUAUGACAGAAUGUAUUCAUACCCUUCCCGUGUGCCCGCUCCACCACCACCACCUCCUCUUUCACGGGCUGUGAUCCCUUCCAAACGUCCGCGGGUCAGUGUGAGUGGGGGAAACAGCCGCCGCGCCAAGUCCAGCUUUUCCACUUCAUCCAAGAGCAGCCAGCGGAUGUCUUCUCGAACCUUGAAAGCAGAUGACCUUCAAACUAUUAAGAAAGAGCUUGCUCAAAUCAAACACAAGGUUGACUAUCUUCUGGAGAGUAUGGACAGGAUGGAGAAAGACCACAACAAGAAAUCUGAGGGGAAAAGUGUGAAGGCAGAAGUGGGUGAGGCUACCUCCCUUCAGCAUUCCAGCAAGAAAGACAGAGAGAGGGAAGAGCAAGAGAUAAAUGAUUCUGAGGAGGAGAGAGAUUUGUUGGAAGAGGAGGAGGAGGAAGAGGUUAAAAGCCAGGGAGGAGAGAAUGAAGAAGAAGAGGGAGAGGAGGAAGAGGGUGAGCAUGAAGAAGGGGAAGAUGAUGGUGACAGCAUUAAUGGUGACGACUCAUAGCUUGUUUUAAACACCGUGGAUACGAGAAGUGCACUAAAAAUUCAGCCCUUUCAAUUCUUUUGAAAGGUUGAAGCCAGUCUUUGAAAGAUUUGUCUGUUAUGAUGUAGAUGCCUGCACUCUUAUAAUAACUGACACUACAGUUACAUUAGUUUCACUGAUGUCAGUUUAUUUUUAAUGUUAGCAUGACAUCUUUUCAGGCUUUUGAAGUGUCCCUCAACCUUGAUGAAGACAAACAUCUGGUUUCAAACAACAGAAACCAUUACAUUCUCCAGUUAUUUUUAAUCAUUCUGACUUUAACCUGAGAGGUUUUUAUUUUUCACUAGCAGAAUAUGUCCAUUGUGUAUUCUCGGAGUGUAUCCCUUUUUGCCCUGUGUGUCUUAUGGGUUUUUUUUCUGUGAUCAAAGACAAAAUUUGUAUUUUAAAAGGGGGAAACUUGAGUGGUUACUCUAUUACAGAGAGCUGAGAAGCUUCCAGGAAACAUCUAUGUUUGUAUUUACCUGUCUUUUUUUUUUUUAUAUUACCCUGUUACAUAAUUCUACAGGAAAAUUUCAAUAAAAUAAUAAAUUAAA